CAAGAAACGUGUACAAGUAUCAUAUGAUUGAUUAUCCAACAUUACAUUUUUUAAGUUCUAAAAUUUCUCUAGUCAACAGCCAAUCGUGUGAUAUUAUGUAUAUGCAUGUUUACCUUCAAGAAAGAUAUUUAGCGUCAACAGUGGUUUGAUGCGUGACGUUUGAGAUUAAAAGAGAAUUUCAAGACGUGAUGCCUAGAAAUGUUGAGAUUAAAGCGGCAAUUCGAGAUGUCCAACGUACUAUUUCAAAAGCCACAGAGCUGAGUGAUACUGUUCAGACUAAAAUCGAGCAAUAUGAUAUUUUUUUUAAUGUAAAGGAUGGGAGAUUCAAGUUACGGAAAUUUAAGGAUGGCACAGCAGAGUUGAUUUUAUAUGAACGAUCUGAUACAUCAGGACCAAAGCUAUCUUUUUACGAGAGAAUACCACUAAGCUCAGAUAUUACAGAACCAAUUGCAAAUCUUUUUUCCCGAAUCAUGGGCAUGCGAGGAAUCGUUAAGAAGACAAGGCUUUUGUACAAUGUCGGACAAACGCGAGUACAUAUUGAUGAAGUCGAUGGUUUGGGUAAUUUUAUAGAAUUAGAGGUAGUAUUGCAAGAUGAUGAGGACGUCAAAACUGGACAGAAGAUUGCUAAUGAUCUCAUGCAAGUUCUGUUUAUAAAAGAAGAAGAUUUAAUUGCGAAAGCAUACAUAGAUUUGCUUCAUCCUGAAACAUGAGUAUUGUAUAUAUGCUGUCUUAUAUUUCCUUAUAAAUAUAAAAAAAGAUAAUAAUU